AUCAGAUCACACAAUUAUUUAGACCACAUUUUAAGAUAUAAUCCUCAGUUCUAAAAGUUAUCACGUGUAUCCCAGUGAGAAAUCUUCUGUUUUCUGGGCUCAGUGUUUGAAGUGAUUGCUGUGUAAGCAAGAGGACCAGACUUUGGUCCCAAGAACCCUCGUCAAUGCCGAUGGGUAUGACUUCCUGCCUGUAACUCUAGCCUCAGCUGUUUGUGAUGGUGAGGAUAGGGGUGAAGAUGAUGGUGGUGAUGAUGAUAAUGUUGUGUUUCAGAAAGUAGUUCCAUAGGAUUCAAUCAGAUCUGACCUCCCUAAGAGGCCUGCCUGCAUGCUUGUAGGCACACAUGCAAAUGCGUGAAUGGGAAGGAAGGAGUCUUAGGUUGUGAUACUUGCUCCAUUGUUGUUCUACCUCAUUUUUGAGUCAGAGUCUGUCGUUCAUAACCAGAGCUCAAUGAUACAGUUUGUCAGUUUGUCCAGAGAGCUCCAGUCUCUGCCCUUUGAAGCUGAAAUCACACACUAGCUGUUGAUGUGUCCUGUAUUUAAGCAGGUUCUUUGGAUCUAAACGCCAAUCCUCUUGCUUAGAUAGCACCUAAUUCAAUUGCUGGCUCCUCUCUUCAGCCCAUCUUUCAUAUUUUCAUGGACCAUCUCAGCUGAAAGUUCAGGAACAAACUCCAGCAUUUCCUCUGACCCACUUUUCCUUGCUCAUGGUGUGAAUGCAGUUUCACUUACUGUAACCCUGUGUUCUGCUACCUAACUGAAGUUGUGGCUGCCUGGUGCCAGUCACCAGAAACAGAUGCUGUCUUUCUUCUGUAUGCCCUGAGACCCAGGCCCCUCUCAUUCCUUCCCUAUCUACAGAAUGAGCAACUUCGACAGUUUCAAUUUGUGGUAUAUUCUCUCUUGAAGAAAAGUCUACUUGGCAGUGAUUUUUCUCUUAAUUGUAGGCACAAGAAGAACUUGUGGGUUAAAGGAAGUGAUGAUGAAGAUUGAUGCUCCAAGAUCGUAAAUGAAUGCUGUUUCUGCUUACUAAACCAUUUCCUAUCAGUUUCCUGAGCUGAGCCAUAAUUACACUGGGCUUACUCAUUGACUUGGUUUAUUAAACAGCAGCACAUUGGCUGCCUUUUCCCCCAUAUGGCUGUAGUCAAUAUGGAGAAUUUGAGGACAUCAGAACCUUUUUAGGUUCUCCAUGCAUGGCAUAGUAUCAGACGUCUGUAAACAAAUGCUAAUUAUAAAACUACUUGUCAUCCGUUAUGUAACCAACAUAGUUUUAUUCGGUACUUAAAAAAUAUGCAUUCUCUAUCACAUAAAGCACGAGAUCCUCAACUUCCUCACGUACGCAGAUGAGUAUGCCAUCGGCUACUUCAAGAAGCAGGGUUUCUCCAAAGAAAUCAAAAUACCUAAAACCAAAUAUGUUGGCUACAUCAAGGAUUAUGAAGGAGCCACUUUGAUGGGGUGUGAACUGAGCCCUCAGAUCCCAUACACAGAGUUCUCGGUCAUCAUUAAAAAGCAGAAGGAGAUCAUUAAAAAGCUUAUUGAAAGGAAACAAGCUCAGAUACGAAAAGUCUACCCUGGACUUUCAUGUUUCAAAGAUGGAGUUCGGCAGAUUCCUAUAGAAAGCAUUCCUGGAAUCAGAGAGACAGGCUGGAAACCAAGUGGAAAAGAGAAAAGUAAAGAGCCCAAAGACCCUGAGCAGCUUUACAGCACGCUCAAGAACAUCCUGCAGCAGGUGAAGAGCCAUCAAAGCGCUUGGCCCUUCAUGGAACCAGUGAAGCGAACAGAAGCUCCGGGAUAUUAUGAAGUUAUAAGGUUCCCCAUGGAUCUGAAAACCAUGAGUGAACGCCUCAGGAACAGGUACUAUGUGUCUAAGAAGUUAUUCAUGGCGGACUUACAGCGAGUGUUCACCAACCGGAAGGAGUACAACCCCCCCGAGAGCGAGUACUACAAGUGCGCCAGCGUCCUGGAGAAGUUCUUCUUCAGUAAAACUAAGGAAGCAGGCUUGAUGGACAAGCGAUUUUUUUUCCCCUUAGAUACACAACAGCAGUGUGCCUAAAGCAGGUCAUUUAGGUUUUUGUUUGCUUUUGUUUUUUUUUUUAAUUGUACAUCAUGUGUAUUACAAGAGACUUGUAAUAAUUAGCACUUUUGAAAAACAAACAAAACCUCCUUUUAGCUUUUCAGAGACAUACUUAAAUGGAAAUCAUAGAUUUUUUUUUUAAUUUUGUGGAAUAGAUUUUAAUCUAUUUACUACUAUCAUGUAAUUUUUCUCUGGCAUGUCCAGUAGCUGACUAUUGCAUGGUAGAUGAUCAGGGGCUUCCUCAAAACCUGUAUGUGAGGAAAUUGCACACAGUA